UGUCAGUUUGACAAUAGUUCAGUAAACUUUUGAAUGUUUGUAAUUACAGAAAUUGUCUCAGUUUUCAAAUUUUAUAACACGCGUUUCAGUGAGUUAUUUCGUCAAAAUAACCAAAUGCCAUGUCCAACUUCCAAAACGUGCCUUUGAAAGUGUACAUACAGGACAUUUUUCGCGCCAAAAAAACGGAGCAGAAAUACAUCUACGAGUUAUUCAAUUUAACAUUCAAAAAUGUUAUGAUCCAUGGCGUCGUAACAUCAAUAUACAACAAAACAACCUCCGCAACUAAUUUGGAACUAAGCGACCCUACAGGUUCGGUGCAAAUUUAUUACGACGUUACUAAAAGCAACAUGAAUCUACGCGGAGGCGCCAUUAAAGACUUAUACAGCCAUUUGGAAGAUGUUUCGCGCCGUGAUGAAAAUCUGGGCAUAGUUUCAACUCUUAUGAACUCUAUAAUAAGUAGACAAGGUAUUAAUUUCAAUGAAGGAGAUUACGUUAGUGUGGUGGGUGACAUUUUUGUUGACGAUAAAAAUUGCCGUUUAGUUUCUGCUUAUGAUUGUAAAGCGACAUCUGUUGAACGUGAUGUGAUAUGGUUGGAAGAGUUGAGAUAUUUGUAUGAAAAAUUUUACCUUUGGGAUAAAGUUGAAGAGUAAUAUCUUGGGAGACACAAGCGAUUUUAAUUGAGAAAUGGUUCGCUAAUGAACGCAUUGUCAAAGUCCUAGGUUUUGAACAUAAUUAACUAUGAAGACAAUAAUUCAUAAUUAAUUAACAUUAAGUUAUGUUUAUGGUAAAAUUAAAAGUGUUAUUGUGAUUAUUAUCUUGUUAAAUUAUUUGUAUGGUAAAAAAUA